CCGAGAGAAGAUAAUCCGUAAUAUUAUCGAAAGAACUGCUUAUGAGGUCCAACUGUCUUCGUACAUUUCCGGUCAGACGCAACCAGAAGGAUUAGCGGUGAGAGAACUAGAGGUUGACUGAAAGAGAUAUGUGAGCCAUGCCCUGGGCCUUAGCGACCCCGGACCAACCUGUGUAAUAUGCAAGACUAUGUAAAUACCCUUGACCGUUUUUCUCGAAGCCAGUUUCAGCUGUCACGAGCAGCAAAACCCCGCGGGAUUUAGUAUGACGUCAUGGCUCCCUAUGUCCGGCCAGGCAAAGUAUCAGAACAAUCCCACAUUUCCAUGGCAGUAAAUCGCCCCCAUACGUAAUAUCGUUGAGGGGAAGUAGAUAAAGCUAGUGGCGCGUGAGCUGAACCCGAAGUGAUCAAGGUCUUGAAUGCAUAUGUGCAAUUCCAGCCUAAGAAGAUUCACGCUCUUGAAAAAGAAUCGCGAUGUUUUCCGUCUGGGCCCUCCUACAUAGUUUCGCGGACUGGGUUCUCGGGUUCUGCAAGCUCUGCCAGAACCGUGAAGUUGGUUGGCAGACGCUCGACCGGCGCUCAGGGCGGUACAGGCGAGAGCAGCAGCCUCUAUGGAAGAAAUUCAAACUGAUCAUACUGUUCAAUCCACUUAUGGAUUGGAUUGACAGCACAUCGAUAAUGCGGCUGUGGAUGCACGAGAAAACUAUAAAUGCUGGCAAGAAAGAAGGAACAUUGGCAUCUCGUUCCCAGAUCAAAUCCUUUGUCGACUUUUUCCAUAUAAACAUGGAUGACUUUGAACCAUCCGAUAUAUCCAAAUACCAGACAUUCGAACAAUUUUUUGUUCGGAAGCACAAAGCCGGCGCUCGACCGAUCCACGAGGCAUCGAAUCCGUCAAAAGCGUGUGUUGUCGCUGACUCCCGAGUCGUUGUGUAUCCAACAAUGACCGCGGCGCGGACGCUAUGGAUCAAGGGAAAGCACUUCACCAUCGGGAACCUGAUCGAUAACGAAAAAGCUGCGGAACCGUGGAUCGACGGCGCUGUUGCGAGCUUUCGACUAAGCCCGCAAGAUUAUCAUCGAUAUCAUUCGCCUGUCACAGGGACAGUCAAGUGGUACAAGAGGAUUCCUGGAGAUUUUUACCAAGUGGAUCCCGUCUGCUUGCAGAGUGGAGUGGAUAUCCUCACGCGAAAUGCACGAUGUUGCGUAUGCAUCGAUAGCAAGGAAUUUGGUCAAGUACUGUUCGUUGCAAUUGGGGCCACCGACGUUGGCGACGUAGAGUAUGUGAUUCGACCUGAAAUGCAAGAACCCGGUCAUCUGGUGAGAAAAGGAGAAGAAGUCGGUCUCUUCCAAUUUGGCGGAUCCAGUAUCAUCGUGGCAUUCGAGAAAGGAAGGAUAGAAUUUGAUGAUGACCUUGCUACCAUGAGUAGGCGUCAGAUCAUGGUAGAUGUUGAAGUUGGAAUGAGUAUGGGAAGUGUACCGCCAAAGAGAGUAUAG